AUGAUUUUGCCCACUAUACUCCGUCGAGUCGCAGCACCACGAACACGGCUGCACAUUCACCGUCGGACAUUGUUCGGAAUCGGGGAGAAGCCUGAACCUCCAACACCUCAAUUAGGUCCCCGCUUCGAAGACACUGCUCGUCAAGCGCAACAACUUUUUGCGGACAAGCCUGAAGCUGUAGAGGCUAUUGUCAAGUUUGCCAAAGUCAUGGAGGAAUCAGGAGUCGCGGUUACGGCGGGGAAAAUGCCUGGUCCAAUGCAGUUGCUCAAGCUAGCAAAAAAUCCCAAGUUUCACGAGGCGUACCGGGAGGUUGAGAGUGAGCUAGGGAAGGCUGGAAUCGAUGUCAAGUCGAAAGAAUUCAUGGAUGUCGCUACAUCACUCUACAAGAACUAUCAGAAAUAA